AUGACGCUCUGUCGCCCAUUACUAUGCAGCACACACACCCUCACUCCCUUCCUGCACACCAGACUCGCAUCCACAUCUUCCUCAUCCUCGCCGUACCCGUUCCCGCAAACACGCGACCCCUCGCCAUGGCAGAUCUUCCACCUCCAGCCCUCGGCCUCGCAGAGUGAUAUCAAAGCCCGAUAUUAUGCGCUAGUAAGACUGUACCACCCCGACUCGCCCUCCGCGCGCGCCCUCCCGCCCGACGUCGCGCACAGACGCUUCCAAGCCGUCCGCGCCGCGUACGAUACACUCACCGGCAAAGCCCACCACCCCUCUUCUUCCCACUACCACCCCCACGGCUCUGCUCAUACGCAUGAUUCGGACGACCUGUGGAGAGAGCUGGCUGCGCGACGGAGGCAGCAGGAGAGGAGGGAGGCGUAUCGACGCGCGCAUGGCGUUCCGGAAUGGGACGCGGCGGGCGACGACGCGAGGAAGGAUCGGAUUUUGUUCGCUGUGGGGUGUCUCGCUGUGGUAGUAGGCGUCGCGCCGGCCUUCGCGAACUGGACCGAGCACCGCGAUGCCAAGCACCGGCUCGCGGCGGCGAACUUGACGGCUGCGAGGGGCGAGGCGCGGGAGUUUGCGGCUGCGAGGAGGGAGGGGAUUCGGAGUCGGAUGCACGAGGAGAAGGUCGCUGCUGCGAGGGCUGCCGCGGCGGGUAGAGAGGACGCGGGCAUCAAACCCGCGAUAGACGCCCACACGCGCGCGCUCGAUCUUAUCUCGCCACCUCCCUCCAAGCUCGCCACCUCCAUCGCGCAUCCCAUCAUGUCCGCCUCGACCUGGUCCAUCUCCUACCCCGACAAACAGAAGCUCAUCAGCGCCGCCAUAGCCGCGAAAGACGGCUCGUACAGCCCGUACUCCAAAUUCCGCGUCGGCGCCGCCUUAUUAUCCGCAGACGGCCAGAUAAUAAAAGGCGCGAACAUCGAGAACGCGUCGUACGGCGGGACUAUAUGCGCCGAGCGGACUGCGCUCGUUAAAGCCGUCAGCGAGGGGACGAAGAGUUUCGUUGGGCUCGCAGUAACCAGCGACGUCGACGACGCGAUAUCCCCCUGCGGCAUCUGCCGCCAAGUCAUCCGCGAGUUCUGCGCGCUCAGCAUGCCCAUCUACCUCGUCCCGUCCUCCUACAGCCCCAAUGCCUCAAACGCCGAUGAAAGAGUGCUGGAGACGACCAUCGAUAAGCUGCUGCCGCAUAGCUUUGGGCCGGAGCAUUUGGAGCUGCCGAGGCCUGGUGGGGGGAAGUGA